AUGCCUGUCUCAACUCCUAAAAAUGAACUUGAUGUUAAUUAUGAAAAUAUGAUUGAAAAUUUAUUAUUACAACAAGUAUUACUUUACACACGAGAACGAUCAAACGGUCCACAACGUUUACGUUCAUCAGGAAUUGUAUCGAAUUCUCUAUUAGUACGACAACAAGUUAAUACACAAACUGAUCCUCAUCAUUCGGUGCUGACAUCUUCAAUCUUUGAUAAUACUAAUGAUGAAGAACCAACUCUAUGUCUUAUUGAAUCUCAUCAAAAAAAUUCAAGUGAUUUAAUUGAGGAUAUUCUUGUUCAAUAUAAUCAACGUAAUGAUAAACAUUCACUUUUCGAUCGAAAUCUAAUGGAAUUAAUUGUUGAACGUAAUCGUGAACGUCGAAAUGUAUCCUUUUGUACAAAUAAUUCAUUUUAUUCUCGUCUUCAAUGGCUUGCUAUAGGUCUUGUUAUAGAUCGUUUCUUUUUCUAUGUUUAUUUCACAGCAACGGUUGUUUCCUAUUUUGUCACAUUAUGGCUUAUACCUUUUUCUCAUCCAAAUUUAACAAUUGAUAUUGAAAAAUUAUAA